CCUCCCACCUGCUGCGCCCACUCCCGCACCCCGCCGGCAUGGAGCCUGUGAAGGGGAAGGGGGCAAAGCGCAGAGACUUCUCCUCCAGCUCCCACCUUGGCGUCUGAGGGAGGCUCCGCCACCGAGACCGGUGUCGUCUUAAGCGCCUGCAGGAUUUCAGAUGUGUUCUAAGCCUGCCGGGGUGAGCACGCUUCCGGGCACUGAUGGAGACGAGAGCUCAGCACGGCAGCGGGUCGCAGCCCUUGCUACAGGCUCGGCGUGACAGUGGGAGACCGCACGGGGAGCCUGACCUGCGGGAUGUCCUGAUGCAGCAGGUUCACGUCUUGUCGCUGGACCAGAUCAGAGCCAUCCGAAACACGAAUGAGUACACGGAGGGACCUACGGUGGCUCCACGGCCAGGGGUCAAGUCUGCUCCUCGGCUAGCAACCCAACCCAAAAAUGAAAGGCCCCAUGGCUUGCCCGAGCAUCGUCAUUUUAGCCGGAUUCAGCACACACAAACACACGCCUCUCCUCGGGCACCUCUGUCCCGAUCCAUUAGCACGGCCAGCACAGGUUCGCGGAGCAGUACAAGGACAAGUACGAGCAGUAAUUCAUCCGAACACAGACUUCUAGGAUCAUCUUCGGGGCCAGUUGCUGACGGGAUAGUCCGAAUGCAGCCCAAGUCUGAGCUCAAGUCAAGUGAGCUGAAGCCGCUGAGCAAAGAAGACUUGGGAGCGCACAGCUACAGGUGUGAGGACUGUGGAAAGUGUAAGUGUAAGGAGUGCACUUAUCCGAGGACCCUCCCCUCGUGUUGGAUCUGUGACAAGCAGUGUCUUUGCUCGGCCCAGAACGUGGUCGAUUACGGGACUUGCGUUUGCUGCGUGAAGGGCCUCUUCUAUCACUGCUCUAAUGAUGACGAGGACAACUGUGCUGACAACCCCUGCUCCUGCAGUCAGUCACAUUGCUGCACUAGAUGGUCCACCAUGGGUGUGAUGUCCCUCUUUCUGCCUUGCUUGUGGUGUUACCUACCAGCCAAGGGUUGCCUUAAGUUGUGCCAGGGCUGUUACGAUCGGGUUAAUCGGCCUGGGUGCCGCUGUAAACACUCCAACACCGUUUGCUGCAAAGUUCCCAGCGUUCCCCCCAGGAACUUUGAAAAGCCAACAUAGCAUCACUAGUCAGAAAUACUAAAGUAACAAGGAUUAUUUUAACGUACAUAUGCAACCAACUAAGCAGCUAUGGUCUUGGCACUGCAGUACAAGGGUUGGGGAUACACUUUGGUGUUUGCAGUGAAAUGCUUUUUCUUUGUGUGUGCCAUCUUAACUGAUACGCUUGUUAGAAUCCAGCUAGUGGGAUACAGGAGAGAAAAAAAAAAAAGGGAUGCAGUACAUCGUGACCCACAUAUUGCAUAAGCUAAAGCAACACAGACACUCCUAGGCAACUCUAUUGUUUGUGAAUAGUACUUGCAAAAUUUGUAAAUUAGCAAAUGACUCCUUUUUUUCAUUGUUUUCUGCCAGAGAUAAUGUGCUAUAUUUUUGUACAUACAAUAAUAUUUUCAACUGUGAAAAAUACGUGGUGUCAUAAGACAUGGCACAGUCACAAAAUAUUAUACUAAUAUGUUGUACAUUCGGAAGAAUGUGAAUCAAUCAGUAUGUUUUUAGAUUGUAUUUUGUCUUACGGAAGCCUUCUAUUGCAAGACUCUGAUUUCCCUUUGGACUUCAUGUAUAUUGUACAGUUACAGUAAAAUUCAGCCUUUAUUUUCUAAUUUUUUCAACAUAUUGUUUAGUGUAAAGAAUAUUUAUUUGAAGUUUUAUUAUUUUAUAAAAAGAAAUAUUUAUUUUAAGAGGCAUCUUACAAAUGUCACCCCUUUUUAUGAGGACGUCAUAGUUGCUGCAAAUAAGGGGUGAACGAUGCACAUGUUCACUAUAAAAUAGAAAAUAUAUUAACGUUUGAAAUUAAA